UCUUUCGUAUGAUGAGGGAUGCAUCGAUAACGAGACUUGUUGCAGUUUUUGACAGAUGUUGAUCAUGAAAAUGAAAGUACUGUUAAAAGUAGGCUCGCAUUAUAUCACCAGCUGGUCCACUUCAAUUGCAACCAUCUGAAUGGCUAAUACCAUCAUGGUUUAGCUGACGACGACGACGAUAUAACAGCUCUAAAUUGAAUGCCAUUUCUCCCUAUUUUCAGGUCGGUGAUCACUCGGUUUAGUUUUGUCCUCACUGACCUAAAGGGAGUCAAAAAAGCACUUUAAAAACUGUUGCAUUUGUCACCUAUGCCACCACACCAGACCGCUAUUACUAGUCCAAAAUGGAGAGUGAAAAGAAGAGGAUAGCCAUCAUAGGUGCUGGAAUUAGUGGCUUAAUGGCAUGUAAGUAUACACUAGAGAAAGGUUUCAAUCCCAUUGUGUUUGAAGCAAGGAGUGGCAUUGGUGGAGUUUGGUCACAAACAAUAGAGUCUACUAAGCUACAAACACCCAAAGAUUUCUAUCAGUUUUCUGAUUUUUCAUGGCCUCGUGAAGUGAAAGAGACUUACCCUGAUCACACCCAAGUGUUGGAAUACCUCCAUGCCUAUGCUCUUCACUUCAACAUCCUUCCUAGGGUCAAGUUCAACUCCAAGGUAACAUGCAUCGAUUAUGUCACAUCCUCUACUGCAGAUUUGCAUUCUUGGGACUUAUGGGGUGGCUCCGGUGAGCCAUUUUCUCCCUGGGGGAAAUGGCGUCUCACCGUACGAAAUGGUCAGAAUCCAUCUGCUUCUGCUCCAACAGAUCAGGUGUACCAAGUGGAUUUUGUGAUUCUUUGCAUAGGAAGAUAUAGUGACUUGCCAAAUAUUCCUGAUUUUCCAUUGAACAAAGGACCUGAAGUAUUCAAUGGCAAGGUGUUACAUUCCAUGGAUUAUGCUGCAAUGGAUGAUGAUGUUGCCGCUGACUUAAUCAAAGAAAAACGAGUCACAGUCAUUGGAUUUCAGAAAUCAGCAGUGGAUAUAGCAGCAGAAGUUGCUAACAAAAACGGAGCAACUCACCCAUGUACACUGCUAUUCAAGACGGCUCACUGGAUUGUCCCCGAAUAUUUACUCCCACUUGUGUUUCAAGGCUUGAACCGCUUCACAGAGUUAAUGAUCCACAAGCCUGGUGAAGGUUUCUUCAUCUGGCUCCUAGCCAUGCUGCUUUCACCUCUGCUCUGGAUAUUUUCAAUGUCGAUCGAGUGCUAUCUCAAGUACAUGUAUCCAUUGAAGAAAUACAAUAUGGUACCAACACAUAGAUUCCUCAAACAAAUUUCUUCAUGUAUGUUCACAGUUCUGCCAGCUAAUUUCUAUGACAGAAUCAAAGAUGGCAGUCUUUUCUUGAAGAAAUCACAAAGCUUUAGCUUCUGCAGAAAUGGUUUAAUUGUACAAGGCGAAUCUAAACCUCUGUUGUCUGAUAUCGUAAUUCUUGCCACUGGAUACAAAAGUGAAGAAAAGUUGAAGAACAUGUUCAGCUCAACUUUGUUCCAAAAAUGUAUUGCUGUGUCAUCAACCCCAUUCUACAGGGAAUGCAUUCAUCCUCAAAUCCCACAGCUAGCGAUACUUGGAUAUGCAGAUAGUCCAGCAAUCCUGUAUUCCACUGAAAUGAGAAGCAAAUGGUUAGCACAUUUUCUUGCAGGAAACUUCACGUUACCAACAAUAAGUAAGAUGGAAGAGAAUGUUAUGGAGUGGGAAAAAUGCAAGAGAAGGGAUGAGAAAGAGAGCUAUGGAAGGUCUUGUGUGAGUACAUUGCUCCAAAUAUACUGUAAUGAUCAACUAUGCAAAGACAUGGGAUGCAAUUCUAGAAGGAAAAAUUGGUUUCUUGCAGAGCUAUUUGCAGCUUAUGGUCCUAAGGACUACAAAGACUUAUCUUAAUCAAUUAAGCUAUGAAAGAGAUUGUGGAUGUUGAAAUUUAGAUCACUAUUUCAUUUGAAAUACAAACUUAGAUUAUGGUACAAACAUUUACCUUAUCCUACCUCUCACCAUUUCAUAUGUAUUUCACAAAACUUGCAAACCAUCUAAACGAAAACAAUAUACAUUG